CAAAAUGGUUAAAACUGCCUGAAAUUAUCUCCUCGUGCCAAGAGGUGCAUGAUAUUAAGGAAAUGUAACUGAACCGAAGACCCCUCAACAACUGGACCCCAACUUGGGUCCAGUUUGUGAAGUUUGUGAAGCUGCUGCCGCAAAACUACAAAUCCCAGAAUGCCUUUUGUAAGCACAAUACACAACAUCUGCCAGGUCACACAUGCUCAGUAUCGUGGCUGGAGCCUGUUUUCCAUAGACUGCUAAGUUAAAUAAAGUGGAGCAAAUGGCCCCACCCCCAAAGCAAGUUUCAAGAUUAAGAGUGUGAGCCUAGCCCCAGGGCGGAGCUGGAAUUUACCUUUGUACUUUGCUGGGUCAGGGUUGGUAGUGACUGGCUGGGUGUGUCUGGAACCGGCUGCCAUCCUGACACGUCUCAGAGCUGCAAGCAGGUUUGAAUCCAGAAUUUCUGUGGCCCUGCUGUCCUUCCCACCCCUUCCUGUUCCUUCCCUUAUUUAUCCUGUCCCCUUGGGACCUUCCCAUAGGUCAUUGGGUCUCUUAAUUCUUGCUGCCCCGAAGGACCCCUGUACUGGUCACAAGCUUUCUACCGCCUGACAAUAGGGGGAAAGUCCCUUAUACACUCAGUGCUGCUUCCUGGCCAACUGGAAAGGCUGGACCCCAGGGCAUUGUUACCUGAGGGUAGAGCUUAGGGGUCAGGACCAAGGUGGGAAGGUGGUAUGGUAAGUCACCAAAUAUGAGACCUUACUGGCUAUCCUGACUCCUAUAGGUCCUGCCGAACAGCUACCAUGGCCUCUCAGCCUCUGGGGCUGACAGAAGAAUCUGGCCCGAGUCCUGGGGACUCUGAACUGGCUGUGAAUCCCUUUGAUGGGCUGCCCUUCUCUUCCCACUACUACGAGCUCCUUGAGCGGCGCCGAGCAUUGCCCAUCUGGGCUGCUCGCUUUAAAUUCUUGGAGCAGUUGGAGAGUAGCCCCACUGGAGUGGUGCUGGUGUCUGGGGAGCCUGGCUCGGGAAAAAGCACCCAGAUCCCUCAGUGGUGUGCAGAGUUUGCGUUGGCCAGGGGAUUCCAGAAGGGCCAGGUUACUGUUGCUCAGCCUUACCCUCUGGCAGCCCUGAGCCUGGCUGUGCGGGUUGCUGAUGAGAUGGACCUGACCCUGGGUCAUGAGGUUGGAUACAGCAUCCCCCAGGAGGACUGCACAGGGCCUGAGACCCUGCUCAGGUUCUGCUGGGACAGACUGCUUCUGCAGGAGGUGGCCUCAACCCGGGGGCCUGGAGCCUGGGGCGUGCUGGUGCUGGAUGAGGCUCAGGAGCGGUCGGUGGCUUCAGACUCACUGCAGGGGCUCCUGCGAGAUGCCAGGCUGGGAAAUCUUCCAGGGGACCCUAGAGUGGUGGUGGUUACUGACCCAGCCCUUGAGCCUAAGCUGCAAGCCUUUUGGGGCAAUCCUCCUACUGUGCACGUACCCAGAGACCCUGGUGGGAGCCCCACUCCUGUCUUCAGGGGCACUGCGCCUACUGAUCUGGUGGAAGCUGCCUGCCACGCUGUGCUCGAGUUGUGUCAGAAGGAGGCUCCAGGAGACGUGUUAGUGUACCUGCCUGGUGAGGAGGAAAUAGCCCUGUGCUGUGAAUCCUUGUCCAAGGAGGUGGGGUCUCUGGCUCUCCCAGGGCCUCCACCGCGGGUGCUACCCCUUCACCCAGGCUGUGGUCAAGCCGUUCAGGCUGUAUACGAGGAUGUAGACACAGGCGCCCGAAAAGUGGUGGUCACUCACUGGCUGGCUGACUUCUCCUUCUCCCUCCCUUCCAUCCGCCAUGUCAUUGACUCAGGACUGGAGCUUCGAAGUGUUUACAAUCCUCGCAUCCGAGCAGAAUCCCAAGUGUUGAGGCCAAUCAGCAGGUGCCAGGCUGAGGCAAGACAACAGCGGGCAAGAGGGUUCUCAUCAGGAUCCUGCCUCUGCCUGUAUCCCAAGUCCUUCCUAGACCUAGAGGCUCCCCCACUGCCCCAACCCAGGGUGUGGGAGGAGAAUCUGAGCCCCCUGGUGUUACUACUGAAGAGGAGACAGAUUGCAGAGCCAGGAGAGUGGCGCUUCCUGGACCGGCCUGCUCCAGAAGCGCUGAUGCAGGCCCUGGAAGACCUAGACUACCUGGCAGCCCUGGAUGAUGAUGGCGACCUGUCAGACCUGGGAGUCGUCCUGUCAGAGUUCCCCCUGCCCCCUGAGCUGGCCAAAGCACUGCUGGCCUCAUGCGAGUUUGACUGUGUGGAUGAGAUGCUUACCCUCGCCGCCAUGCUCACUGCCUCUCCGCCCCUGGGUUUUACCCGUCCACCACUCUGUGCAGAAGAAGCUGCCCUGCGCCGGGCCUUGGAACAUGCAGAUGGUGACCACAGCUCUUUGAUCCAGGUGUAUGAAGCCUUUAUACAAAGUGGAGCAGAUGAGGCCUGGUGCCAGGCUCGGGGUCUAAACUGGGCAGCAUUAUGCCGAGCCCGUAAACUUCAAGAGCUCCUAGAACUUAUGCAGCGAAUUGAACUUCCCUUGUCCCAACCAGCCUUCGGCUCUGAGCAGAAUCGCAGAGACCUUCAGAAAGCACUGCUGUCGGGAUACUUCCUUCAGGUGGCCCGAGACACAGAUGGGACUGGAAAUUACCUACUGCUAACACACAAGCAUGUGGCCCAGCUCUCCUCAUACUGCUGCUACCGAAACCGCCGGGCUCCUGCCAGACCCCCACCCUGGGUGCUAUAUCACACUUUCUCCAUAUCCAAAGACAACUGCCUUUCCAUUGUUUCUGAGAUUCAACCACAGAGGCUGGUGGAGUUGGCCCCCCCAUACUUCCUGAGUAACUUGCCCGCCAGUGAGAGUAGAGACCUGCUGAACCAGCUGAGAGAAGAAAUGGCAGAUUCAUCAGCAGGAAGUGGACCCUCCCCCACCAAGGAGUUUAGAGAUGCCUGUGUCCUGCAGUGACCUGCCUGCCUGUGGAACCCUGUUGAACCCAUCUUGUGCCAUUAGAUCCUCCCCUGGACUAACCAUGAGGCCACUGGCCAGAUUUAGAAGCCCAAAGCGUUAGGGUGAAAUGUAAAUCCUGGGGCUUGAGCCAGGAUUUGGUAGAUAUGGUAAGAUAUGGUGGGCUGGGAGUGGAGGGAAUGGGAUCAGCCACGGUCUGUACAGAGUAGGACCCUUCCCUUAGACUCCCAUUGAUUACAGACCUGCUCCCCAUUCCUCCAUCUUCUGCCCUUGGGUCCAUAAAAGAUGCCAAAAUUUGAAUUUUGUUCUACAACACCAUGCACUUGGGCGAACAUCCAUGAGUCAGCAAUGACUCUGUAGCCAAGAUCCAGGGUCAGCUCCUACAGCUGCCACCACACAUGCCUGGUGUCCACCUCUGUUUGGACCUUCAUGCUGGGACUGACAUGUGUCUAGCACAGAAAUAGGAGACAGCUUUCAGGCCCCGCGUCUUCCCUCUGUCACACAGCAGCUCCAGCCUCCAGGGGAGGAGGAAUGGGAGUGCUAGUGCAAUCAGACAAGACCUUCCCUUUCUGGGGGCAGGCGCUGUGGCGUAGCAGGUAAAGCCGCCGCCUGUAUCCAUAUGGGUGCCAGAUAGAGUGCCUGGGAAACAGGAUGAUGGCCCAAGUCCUUGGGCCCCUGCACCCACAUGAGAGAAACUGGAAGAAGCUCCUGGCUCCUGGCUCCUGGCUUCGGAUCAGCACAGCUCUAGCUGAUGCGGGCCAACUGGGGAGUGGGACAUCGAAUGGAAGACCUCUCUCUCUCUCUCUCUCUGCCUCUCCUUCUCUCUGUGUGUAAC